CGGACGAGGCUGCGCGCCAGCUCUUCGCCCCGUGAGGCCUCGCCUCAUCCCGCUGCUGCUGCUUCUCCCCAACCCCCAACCCUGGCCUCGUGCGGAGGAGUCCGGAGUGGCGCGGGCGCUGCCGGGAGCCCGGAAGAGCCCGGCCCUGGCCUCCGACCCUCCCGCACUCCUGCCCCGGCUGGACACCUGCAGCGGCCUAGACCCGGGCCAAGCCCCCUGGGCCGGCCGCGCCUCCCGGAGCCUCGCGGACACACCCCCUCCCGGUCGGCGCCUCCGCCCAUCCCGACCUCCGUACCGAGUUCCCUCCUAGCCCAGCGCCUGAUUCUCUUUCCGACCUUGCCCCCUAUCUUGAUUGGAGAAGAGGGCGGGUUUGCAGACUUUUGGGGACAUUUAAGUAGGCGGCACUCUAGGAUGCUUCUCCGGGCCCUUACUUGGAGCUAGACCUGUUGGCCCUGCUUGGAUCAUGGCUACAGUCCUGGACCCUCAGGUGGACGUGGAAGUUGAGGAGUGCCUCAUAAUGAAAGUGGAAAAGGACUCCGGGUGGGCAGCAGAGCCCAUUCUGGAAAGAUCGGGCAGCACUGAAUGUGAGUCCUUUCGUAAAUGCUUCCGGCAGCUCUGUUACGAGGAUGUGACGGGACCCCAUGAAGCUUUCAGUAAACUCUGGGAACUCUGCUGCCGGUGGUUGAAGCCAGAAACGCGUUCCAAGGAGCAGAUCCUCGAGCAGCUGGUCAUUGAACAGUUUCUCACCAUUCUUCCGGAGAAGAUUCAGGCCUGGGCACAGAAGCAGUGUCCAGAAAGUGGAGAGGAGGCCGUGGCCCUCGUAGUGCAUUUGGAGAAAGAGACCAGAAGACUGAGAAAGCAGGUCAGUAGUCCCCUACACUCAGAGAAGCAAAUCCCGCCUGGAACUGUGUGGGAAGUAGCUGACUUUGAGCCAGAGCAACUGGAGAGCCAGCACAGGCUUGUUCCUCAUGAGGAUACCGGAAGCCUCCACUCAGGAUACCAGGACCAGCUGAACGGAAAGAGAGAGAGUAGGCCAUUACCUAAGAAUGCUCACUCUUCUCUCUGGGUUCCUGUCCCUAGUGAUGAGUGGAACACUGUAGAUCAGGAGAUGACAACCCAGGAACCAGUGAAAGAUGUCCACACAGUGAGAAGCUUUUCCUCCAAAAAGAGUGUGCAUCAGAUUCCUUCUCACACAGAUCUCUACCACGAAAUCAGGAAGGAGAGUGCAGGGGGCACGGUUUCCCUGGGAGGCUCUGUGUCUACUAACAAGAUAGCCCAGUUGGAACAAAGAAAAGAACCGUGGGCUGUAGGUCUGCAUUCCUCAAGUAAGAGGAUUAGUGACCUGCGAAGCAACUGUAUCAAAGAGAAAUCAGUGCGUGCUGUUCAGAUCCCAGCAAGGAAUUCAGGGAAGGUGUGGCGAGAGCAGCAACAGUGGGGUUUAGAAGAUGAAAAAAUUGCAGGUGUGCACUGGAGCUAUGAGGAAACCAAGACUUUCCUUGCAAUUCUCAAGGAAUCUCGCUUUUAUGAAACACUCCAGGCUUGUCCCCGAAAUAGCCAGGUGUAUGGUGCUGUGGCUGAGUGGUUGCGAGAAUGUGGCUUCCUCCGAACACCAGAGCAGUGCCGGACCAAGUUCAAAAGUCUUCAGAAAAGUUAUCGAAAAGUGAGAAAUGGCCACAUGCUGGAACCCUGUGCCUUCUUUGAAGACAUGGAUGCCUUGUUAAACCCUACAGCCCAUUCUUCAUCUACUGAUAAGCCAAAGGCCAUGCUCUCUCUCCCCAGACUAAAGAGAAUUGGUAUUGGUGCUAAAGAACAGGUCAGUUUAGUGGAGGAGGAGGAAGAAGGUGCUGAAGACUCCGAUGGUGAUGAAGUGGGCAUUGAGUUUAUACGCAAGUCUGAAAUCCGUGCUGCCCCUGUCUUGUUCCAAAACCUAAGUGGUGUGCAUUGGGGCUAUGAAGAAACAAAGACUUUUCUUGAUAUCCUUCGUGAGACUCGGUUUUAUGAAGCACUUCAAGCCUGUCAUCGGAAGAGCAAAUUGUAUGGAGUCGUGGCUGAACAACUUCGAGAGUGUGGCUUUCUCCGGACACCAGAACAAUGCCGAACCAAGUUCAAAAGCCUUCAGAAGAGUUACCGAAAAGUGAAGAAUGGCCAUGUACUGGAGUCCUGUGCAUUUUACAAGGAGAUGGAUGCCCUAGUUAACUGCCGUACAUCUGCCCUUUCCACCAACACUUCAGAAGAAAUUCCAUCACUCUCAAGGCAAGAAAGAGGACAUAUUGAGGUUGAACCCCAAGAGCCUACAAUCUGGGAACCUGAGGAGACCUCACAGGAGGCAGUGUUAGAAGAUUCUGGUAGUGAGAGAAUGAGUGAGGAGGAAAUUAUAGAAGAGCCAGAAUUCCAAGGACCUGCAGGCCUACCACAAAUCCCAACUGAUUUUGAAAUUGGAAGUAGUAUUAAAGAGGACCCAACACAGGUAAUAUUUAAGGACAAAGAGCCCCAUAGAGCAUUAAUAGAAAAGUCUAAAAGAUUUGUUUCUCAGAAUACCAACUCCAGUAAAUAUUAUAAAAGGGAGUGCAUCUCAGGAAGACAAUGGGAAAAUCUUCAAGGAAUUAGACAGGGAAAAUUGAUGUCUCAACCUAGAGAUCUAGGGAAGGCUACAGUGCAUCAGAGGCCUUUCAUGGGGAGGAGACCAUACAGACUUCUCAAAUAUGGAGAAAACUUUGGAAGGAGUGCCCGUCUUAUGUGCAGGAUGACCCACCCGAAGGAGAAUCCUUAUAAGUGUGGUGUCUGUGGGAAGUGCUUUGGUAGAAGCAGAAGCCUAAUCAGACACCAAAGAAUCCACACGGGGGAAAAGCCUUUCAAAUGUCUUGACUGUGGGAAAAGCUUUAAUGACUCCUCAAAUUUUGGAGCCCACCAGAGAAUCCACACUGGAGAGAAGCCGUACAGAUGUGGCGAGUGUGGGAAAUGCUUUGGUCAGAGCUCAAGUCUUAUCAUCCAUCAGAGAACCCACACUGGUGAGAAACCCUAUCAGUGUGGAGAGUGUGGGAAAAGCUUCACCAACAGUUCUCAUUUCAGUGCCCACCGCAGAGUCCAUACUGGAGAAAAUCCCUACAAAUGCGGGGACUGUGAGAAGAGCUUCAGUAACUGCACACGAUUCCGAGAGCACCGGCGAAUCCACACCGCAGAGAAGCCCUAUGCAUGUGCCCAGUGCGGCAAGCAUUUCAGCAAAAGCUCUUUCCUCACCAGACACCGGGAAGUCCACCUGAGAGAAAAGCUGCUGCCAUACUCGCCCUCUGGGUACUCCCCAGAGAGCCUCCUGAGGGGGAAGAGUGAUGAGUUCAGGAAGUCCUUUUGACUAUGAGCUGCUUUUGCCACGUGCCCUGUUAGCCAUCUUACCCCACUCUUGGAAGCAAUCUUUUCUUAGCUAUCAAUUGCAGUUCCCAAGACAGGCCUGAGAAUAUAAAAAAGGUAGUUUUUUGUCAUCUGUUCUCAUGUUCUAACAUGCUCAGUCUGCCUCUCUCCUGUGCGUAUUGACUUUCAGUAAAGUGAGAUGAUCAGGUUUUUUUUUUUUUGAGUUCAGAAUAAAAUUCUCAUUGGAAUGUUGAGGUUAAUGCUAUUAUCCGGCAACUUGCAAUACUCUUGCACAUGGGUGAGAGUUCUUUUCAGUAUAUGAAUGGUGAAAAGUUUAUAGUGUUAUCACCCAUAUGAGAUCUUGGCAGCAACUUGACAAUGGAUUUUUAUAUCUGGGUAGAACUUUUAGGAGUUUGAUCUGAACUAUAUCAGAACCAUCUUUGUUUUGAGGGUAUAAAACGAGAGCAAAAGUUUUAUAGCUUUUUUCAGAAGUCCGCAUCAAAAAGUUGAUCCUAGUUCCCUGUGUUGCUACUGAAGUCAUGUUGCUAAUACCUUGUCCUCCACCAAGAGAAGCACUUACUCACCCUUCAUCCCCCUGUCUGUUCCUGAAGACUUAACUCCAGUGGCUGCUGCUUCUCCUUUUCCUGUUCAUCACGUCUAUACUUACCUCUUAAUUGUUCUAGGUGCUCUAGUCUGACUUUUCUAGACUACCUUGACCCACUCAGAUGGGAGAAGAUGCACGUUAGUGUUGUCUCAUUAAGAGAAAAUCAGAUUCCAAAGUCUAGUUCUACCCCAUCACUUCUCUGACUCCUAACCUGUAACAAGACCUACUGAUAGGGUGGCAUAUUUCAAACUGCCUAACUCUACAUUUCAAUGUACUAUAAUAGUAUUUCUAAAAGUUUAAGGUUGUAAGGAAGAAGGACAUGAGAUCUGAAAUAUUUCAUGGACACUUUAGGCCUGCUUUAAAUCAAAGAGCUACCUCAGUCAAGACUACGUUUCCAGGGUUGACUGUUACACAUACUAGCCUCUGCUUCCAAAGCUUCUGGCUCCUGUUCGUAGGAUCAUAGACCUGACUAUAGAGCCCUAAAUAAUCACACGACUCUAUAGUGUACUCAGUGAAAUUAGAACUAUUUAUAAACUUCCACUCUAGAGUACCACCUUAUGUUCCCCAUUUCCCUGUUCAUCUGGAGGGAAAUGUCUUUGAUAAUCCCUUGGUAUUAACCAGGUAAAUAUUGUCAGAAAGUUUCUGGUAGGGAAAUAGUUAGCUCAUAUAGAAUUACAAAUGAAAUUCAGGAAUUUGAUCUUCCCAAACCAGUUACUUGAAGAUGAGGCCUGUGGCAUUCAUACCUUUAAUACAAAGGUAAUCCAGUGUAGCUUUGCUUUGGGGAGGAGGAAGUCCCAAGUAGAGUGGAAGGAGAACCGUAGUCAGGGCUCUUACUAGGUUGUUCUCCUGUCCGAUGCUCUCGUUUGAAAACAUCUAGAGAUGAUAUUUUUAUGUGAGUAUAUUUGAAUCUUUUGAGACUCAUUCAGCAAAGUAUCAAAGAGGGUAGACACUAGAAAGAAAAGCGCUUUAUCGUGCCAGCAUAGGAUGUAGCCUGUUGGAAGGCAAGUGACUCAGGUAAAUGCUGAUAACUGUUUGUGAUGUGUGUUUGUUGGAAAUAUAAUUGUUGACACCUCCGUAGCUUAUUUCCUGUGUAUUAUCUGAAUUAGAGACUUCUAAUGAAUGGUACAUGCAGCUUCAUGUUGGUACUGUGCCUAGACCAGUAAGAUUGUGUGGUGCCAGUGGGCUUGUGCUUAUAAUUAUGUAGAUGUUCUGGAAUUCCAGCUCUAGAAAAGAUGCACAUUAGUAUAAAUUGCCAGUUAGUGACAUGUACACAGGAUUGAUACUUAUAUGGAAGCAUGAUUCAGAAAGUAGAUGACUUGUUUACCAAUACUUAUGUACUGUUAUGUAGACGACCAUGUUGUCACCACAGAGAGGGAUACAAAAAUAAUGGGGGCAUGGUGGCUGUACUCCAGCAAGCAAGUGUUACAGCAAAAGAUAAUCUAGUUAAGUCCAUAGUGAUGUGGAAGGUCAGUCACCCCAUCUGGAGGAAUCAACCGCAGUCACAUCCUGAAGACCUUCUAUAAAUUGCAAAUAGAAAACCAGUUUGAGCACCACUUUUUGACACAUUUUCCUAGCAACAGGAAAGAUCCAGGGCCUGUUCUGUCUCCACCACGACAAAGUGAUUCUUUCCUUGUGUCCAAGAUGCAGUGAGGUAGGUUUGGGUUCCUCUACCUAUAGUCCUAAUCAUAAACAAUCUGUUCGGAUGCGUGUUGAUCUAGUGAACCUUUUCUCAAUUCUUAAGAAACAGAUCUUCCUACCAUCUUAGACCAAGGUGCUUACGUGUUUCCCUUUUGUCAGCUGUGUGAAAGUUAGGAUGAGUGAUCACACUCUGAGUAAUACAUCCUUAUCACAUCUCUGUAAUGAUCCAUAGAUCUCAAUACCAAGGACUUCAAGGAGGAAAACAGGUUUUUUUAAAUAUUUGAAACACUGUGAUUUUUAUAACUUGCUGCUUCUCCCUCAUUCUCUGGAUGCUGGAAAGCUCAACAGACAGUUCACCUCAGCCAACUACCUACACCUACUUAUUUUACUCCAUCUAAUUUCUUUGGAGAUUGUCUCAAGUUCUAUUUUUGAACAAUGGUAUAUGUAUAAACAGAUUCUUUAUUUUCUGGCAUUCUAUCAAAGACAUUUUAGAAACUGUGUUUGUAUUUCCUGCCUAGGCUUUCAUUCAUUUCCACAAAUACCUUGCUAAUUCUUACUGAUGAUUUUGUUACAUAUUCAACCUAUUUCGUUCAUCUGGAAAGAAGCAUAUGUUUUUGUAAAGAAGAAAACACACACAUUAAAUACAUCAGGGCAUCCUGCUACCAAGGAAUGUGUAUUAGACCAGAAGCCAAAAGAAAAGUUUAGUAUUGUUACCACUUCCUGAAUUUGAUUGAAUAAAUCACAACUUCUGUCUUUCAGAGUAGUUAACUUAUUGCCAAAACUACAGGAGUUUUCAUGUUCCUGAAGCUAUGGAGCAUGGUAGAAAUGAAAAAAUAGAAAGACCAGACUCCCACCUUGGGUACCCACUGUAUGCCACCUCUGGGCCACACUGAGUUCAUCUCAUGCUUUAAGAGGAUGGCAGCAGUGCCAACCCAGCUGGCUUAGUAAGGAGAAAGGAGAAGUCACUGUGUUCAGUAACAGGAAAGCCUUCUUCCCUCUCCCCAUCACCCUGAGAGCCAAAGGCGGGUAGGUAGAGUGAAGAAAAUAUUUUGAGUUCUGGUGCUCAGUGACAGACACGAUUCAUGGGUUAGGAAAACCCCAGUGGAAGGAGCAACUGAGUGAUUUGUGUGGUCCAAAGCCCCCGCCUCCACCUGAAUGCAUUCUAGGGCCAAGUGUAAAUGAACAUCUGUCUUCAUUUUAUGUUAAUGUACACUUAGAUGUCUUCUUGAAAGCUUGUAUGUGAAAUGUCUACAAUAAAUGGCUACCUUUGGUUUGCUAUAA